GAGUGCAACAAGCAAUUCAGUCAGCUGAGUAAUCUGAUGGUACACAUGCGGACUCACACAGGGGAGAAACCCUACAUGUGUGAAGAGUGCAGCAAGCAAUUCAGUCAGCUGGGUAAUCUGAAGGCACACAUGCAGACUCAUACUGGUGAUAAACCCUACAUGUGCGAGGAGUGCAGCAGGCAGUUCAGUCGGCUAGAUAAGCUAAAGACUCACAUCAAAAUCCACACAGGGGAGAAACCCUUCAAGUGUGAGGAGUGUAGCAAACAGUUCAGUCGGCUUGCUCAUGUUAGGAGACACGUGCAAACUCACACAGGGGAGAAACCGUACAGGUGUGAGGAGUGCAGCAGGCAGUUCAGUCUGCUGAGUCAUCUGAAGAGACAUAUCAAAACUCACACAGGGGAGAAACCUCACAAGUGUGAGGAGUGUAGCAAGCUAUUUAGCAGGCCAGAUGAACUGAAGAAGCAUAUGCAUACUCACACAGGUGAGAAACCCUACAGGUGUGAGGAAUGCAGCAAGCAGUUUAGUCGGCUGGAUAAGCUUAAGACACACAUGCGGACUCACACAGGGGAGAAACCCUACAAGUGUGAGGAGUGCAGCAAACAGUUCAGGCAGCUGAGUGAUCUGAAGAAACACAUGCGGACUCACACAGGGGAGAAACCCUACAGGUGUGAGGAGUGCAGCAGGCAGUUCAGUCAGCUGGGUCAUCUGAAGACUCAUAUGCGGACACACACAGGGGAGAAGCCCUACAGAUGUGAGGAGUGCAGCAAGCAGUUCAGUCUGUUAGAUAAGCUAAAGACUCACAUCAAAACUCACACAGGGGAGAAACCCUUCAAGUGUGAGGAGUGUAGCAAACAGUUCAGUCGGAUUGCUCAUCUUAGGAGACACAUGCGUACCCACACAGGAGAAAAACCCUACAGGUGUGAGGAGUGCAGCAGGCAGUUCAGUCUGCUGAGUCAUCUGAAGAGACACAUGCGGACUCACACAGGGGAGAAACCUUACGAGUGUGAGAAGUGCAGAAAGCUAUUUAGCAGGCCAGAUGAACUGAAUAAGCAUAUGCAUACUCACACAGGUGAGAAACCCUACAGGUGUGAGGAAUGCAGCAAGCAGUUUAGUCGGCUGGAUAAGCUUAAGACACACGUGCGGACUCACACAGGGGAGAAGCCCUACGGGUGUGAGGAGUGCAGCAAGCAGUUCACUCAGCUGAGUGAUCUAAAGAGUCACAUGCGUACUCACACAGGGGAGAAACCCUACAGGUGUGAGGAGUGCGGCAGGCAGUUCAGUCAGCUGGGAAGUCUGAAGAGUCACAUGCGGACUCACACAGGGGAGAAGCCCUACAGGUGUGAAGAGUGCAGCAAGCAGUUCAAUCAGAUGGGUCAUCUGAAAACUCACAUGCGGACUCACACAGGCGAGAAACCCUACAAGUGUGAGGAGUGUAGCAAAGAGUUCAUUGAGCUGAGUACUCUGAAGAAACACAUGCGGACUCACACAGGGGAAAAACCUUACAAGUGUGAGGAGUGCGGCAGGCAGUUCAGCGAGCUAGGUACUCUAAAAACUCAUAUGCGAACUCACACAGGAGAGAAACCCUACAGGUGUGAGGAGUGCAGCAGGCAGUUUAGUGAGCAGGGAAGUAUGAAGAUUCACAUGCGGACUCACACAGGAGAGAAACCCUACAGGUGUGAGGAGUGCAGCAGGCAGUUCAGUAAGCUUGGUCAUCUAAAGAAACAUGUACAAACUCACACAGGUGAGAAAGGCACUCGAGCUAGCAAGAUGGCUUCAACGAGCAAAGUGCAGAGUUUGGAUGACGUCAGGAUAACUGCAGAAGAGGAUGUUUCUGUGCAACCUGGGAGUAGCAGAGAGGAGAAACCCUACAUGUGUGAGGAGUGCAGCAAGCAGUUCAGUCAGCUGUGUAAUCUGCAAAGGCACAUGCGGACUCACACAGGGGAGAAGCCUUAUAAGUGUGAGGAGUGUAGCAAACAGUUCAGUCAGCGGGGUAAUCUGAAGACUCACAUGCGAACUCACACAGGGGAGAAACCCUACAGGUGUGAGGAGUGCAGCAAACAGUUCAGUCGACUGGGAAGUCUGCAGAAACAUAUGCGGACUCACACAGGCGAGAAACCCUACAGGUGUGAGGAGUGUAGCAAACAGUUCAGUGAGCUGAGUAAUCUAAAGACUCACAUGCAGACUCACACAGGGGAGAAACCCUACAAGUGUGAGGAGUGUAGCAAACAGUUCAGUGAGCUGAGUACUCUGAAGAAACAUAUGCGGACUCACACAGGGGAGAAACCCUACAAGUGUGAGGAGUGCACCAGACAGUUCAGUCAGCUGAGUCAUCUGAAGAGUCACAUGCGAACUCACACAGGAGAAAAACCUUACAUGUGUGAGGAGUGCAGCAAGCAGUUCAGUAGGCUGGAUCAUCUUAAGGAACACAUGCGGACUCACACAGGUGAGAAGCCUUACAGGUGUGAGGAGUGCAGCUGGCAGUUCAGUGAUUUGGGUGCUCUAAAAAAUCAUAUGCGGACUCACACAGGGGAGAAACCUUACAAGUGUGAGGAGUGCAGCAAGCAGUUCAGUCUACUGAGUAAUCUGAAGAAACACAAGCGGACUCACACAGGGGAGAAACCCUACAAAUGUGAGGAGUGCAGCAAGCAGUUUAAUCAACUGGGUCACCUGAAAACUCACAUGCGAACUCACACAGGGGAGGAACCAUACAAAUGUGAGGAGUGCAGCAGGCCGUUUAGUCAGCACGCUCAUCUUAGGAGACACAUGAAAACUCAUACAGGGGAGAAACCUUACAGGUGUGAAGACUGCAGCAGGCAGUUCAGUCGGCUGGGAAGUCUGCAGAAACAUAUGCGGACUCACACAGGGGAGAAACCUUACAGGUGUGAGGAGUGCAGCAGACAGUUCAGUGAGCUGGGUCAUCUGAAGACACACAUGCGGACUCACACAGGGGAGAAGCCGUACAGGUGUGAGGAGUGCAGCAGGCAGUUCAGUCAGCUGGGUGAUCUAAAGAGACAUAUGCGGACUCACACAGGGGAGAAACCCUACAGGUGUGAGGAGUGCAACAGGCAGUUCAGUCUGCUAUGCAAUCUGAAAACUCACAUGCAAACUCACACAGGGUAGAAACCCUACAGGUGUGAGGAGUGUAGCAAGCUAUUUAGCAGGUCAGAUGAACUGAAGAAGCAUAUGCAUGCUCACACAGGUGAGAAACCCUACAAAUGUGAGGAAUGUAGCAGACAGUCAGCUGAAUAAUCUGAAGAAGCACAUGCGGACUCACACAGGUAAGAAACCUUACGGUUGUGAGGUGCGAAGCAACCUUUUGGUAGCCUGGUGCAUUGAAGAAGCAUAUGUAUGCUCACACUGAGGAGAACCCCUGCAAGUCUGCUGGUAAAACAUAUGGCAGAGCAUUUACCGCAUUUCAGUCAGCUCAGUAGUCUUAUAAAGCACAUGCAAACUCUCAAAUAAGAAAUCCCUGGAUCAGGAGUGUGAAAUAGAGAUGUUGGCCACAUAGCAAGUUUGUCAAUUUACAUUUUUC